GAAAGAUAUAAUCCUAUACCUAUGAAUCCAGCAUUUCCUAAUGAUCGUCAUCAUAUGGGAUUUUCACCUCAUCCUCAAGGACCUAAUGGUGCAGCACCAACAAUGAUGCCACCAGAAUUUAAUGGAUCACCAUUUCCCACACCUUAUGGACAAUAUCCACCAUUUCACGGUUUUUCACCAGUAGCAGCUGCAACAG